AUGAAGCUCUACGUGCUAGAGCUGCCCCUUCAGGCAACCGAGAGGAGGCGCUGCGUGCUAGAGGAACACUUCCGGGCAGGUCCUGAAGCCUCAAGUCCUUGUGGCAGAGGUCUUUGUUUCUUGGGGUUGCUGCUGCUUCUGCUGCUGCAGCUCACUUCUGGUUACAAAGACAGUGCUACUGAAUCAGUUUGUAGCAAGCCCUGGUGGCUGGAGGAUUUGGAGGCGAGUCGCCAUUGGCCGUGGGAAGUGAGUGUCCGGAUAAAUAAUGAACACGUGUGUGGAGGGGCCCUCAUUGACGUCAUAUGGGUGGUGACUGCUGCCCACUGCAUCCAAAGUACCAAAAAGUAUUCAGUAAUGCUUGGCACUUCCAAACUGAAGCCUGAGAACUCCAGCACAGCUCUAAUCAUCCCUGUGAAGGACAUCAUUAUACACCCCAAGUUCUGGGGGCGGACUUUCAUCAUGAGUGAUAUUGCUCUUCUCCAGCUCUCUACUCCUGUCACCUUCAGCAAGUAUGUUCAGCCCAUCUGCCUCCCAGAGCCCAACACUGAUCUGAAGAUCGGCACACCAUGCUGGGUGACUGGCUGGGGCCAAGUUAAGCAGCGCUUUAUACCCAACUCUUCGUUAACCCCAGAGCUUCAGGAGACAGAAGUGUUUAUCAUGAACAACAAGAAAUGUGACCAGAUUUACCGCAAGGGAUCCGUCAUGCCUCGUAUUGUCCCUCUUGUUCUGGGAAACAUGAUCUGUGCCACCAGUUAUGGAGAAAACUUGUGUUCUGGAGAUUCUGGGGGCCCAUUGGCUUGCGAAGUUGAGGGCAAAUGGAUUCUGGCUGGUGUGUUAUCCUGGGAAAAGGCCUGCUCCAGAGCCCAGAAUCCAGACGUGUAUGCCCGUAUCACUGAAUACAGCCAAUGGAUCAAGAGUCACCUCGGCAAUGGAGCUCUUUCAGGCCUCCAUCCCUCCUCUGGGCUGCUGCUCCUAUGCUGGUUGCUGCAUCCUCUGAUGGGGUCCUGA